CGGGCGCGUGAAUCGAAGGGUUCCCAAGGUCAGAGCGCUUAGGCAAGGCGGCGAAUGGUGCUUUCCCUCGCCCGUCCGCCGCCACCUCCCUUUCAGUACAUCGCGGGCGGGAGUUCGCUUGGAUUUGUACGGCCGCUGCGAGGUGUCGAAGGACUGGCGUCAAACGCGGUGCUCGCGACUCGCGUCGGUGGGGGUUCUCGGAGUCUGAGCGUCAGCGCAGCCGCGCCGUAGCUGUAGCACUCAGCUGUGUCAACAGCGGCUUCACGGAAAUCCGGGGGCAGAGCCUGCGUAUAUAUUUCGCACGGGGCCGCCCUUAGUGCAUUUAAUUGGAAGCCCGUCGACGGCAGGUACGAGCAGCUUAACUUCUCCAUUUCAAAAGCGAAAGCUGCGCGAAUCAUGGUCACCAUGAAGAAACUGGUGCUCAAGUGUCUGCUUAUCGUCAUCCGCUACGUGAAGGUGUUAAACGAAUUCUUCCUCACGUCGCUGUUCGCCUUCAUCCAUGGCAAGCCGCAGCGCCUGCCACCGAUCACCGACGAUAUACUGCUGAAACCGGCCACUGUCCUCGCCGAAGAGAUCAGGACCGGCAAGCUCAAGAGCGUGGAUCUAGUUGAGCGAUACAUGCGGCGUAUCCGAGAGGUGCAGCCUGUGAUCAAUGCUGUGGUGGAGGACCGGUAUGAGGAAGCCAUAGCUGAAGCUGAAGCCGCUGACCAGCUUGUUGCCUCAGGUACAGUCACACCGGAGCAGCUGGCCAAGGACAAGCCCUUCCUUGGGGUGCCGCUCUCAACCAAGGACUGCUAUGCCGUCAAAGGCAUGCUACAGGACUCGGGUCUGGUGCUGCGGAAGGGCUUCCGUGCCCCACAGGAUGCCGACGGCAUGGCCCUGCUUCGUGCGGCUGGUGCCAUCCCGCUGGCACUCACCAACAUCUCGGAGCUGUGCAUGUGGUGGGAGUCUUACAACAACUUGCACGGACGCACCAACAACCCCUACGACAGUCGCCGCAUUUGUGGCGGAUCCAGUGGGGGUGAGGGAAGCCUCAUCGCUAGUGCUGGCUCCGUAAUUGGUGUUGGAACUGACAUCGGUGGCAGCAUACGGAUGCCGGCAUUCUUCAAUGGCAUCUUUGGCCACAAGCCAACAAGAGGGCUGGUGUCCAACAAGGGCCAGUACCCACCGGCACGCGAUGACUCCCUGGACGCCUGCCUCGUGGCUGGUCCCAUGUGCCGGUAUGCCCAGGACCUCGAACCCAUGCUGGCCAUCAUGGCGGGACCCCGUGCAUCCCUGGUGUCAUUCAACACUGAGGUGGACUGGUCCAAGGUGACAGUGUACUACAUGGUUGAUGACCUGGGUGGCACCCUCUGCACACCUGUCCACCCUGAGAUGAAAGAGGCCGUGCGUAAGGUGGCCCGCUACUUCCGUGAUGCACAUGGCAGCCCUGUGGUUGAACUGGCACUUGAAGAAUUCCGUUACUCAGCCCAAAUCUUCACUGCUCGGCUGGCUGCUGCAGCCGUGCCUUCCUUCGCCUCGGAGCUGGCACUGCUCAAGGGAAAGGUGCCUGUGUGGCGAGAACUUGGACGCUGGCUGCUGCGGCGCUCACCGCACACACUGCCCGCUCUUGCCCUCUGCCUGCUGGAAUGGCUGUCUCCAAAACGCGGCCACCCUGCACUCACGCGGGUCCUGGCUCGAGCUGACACCUUGCGAGACCGUCUCGAUGCUCUCCUUGGAGCCGGCAACGCCAUAUUUGUCUACCCAUCGCACCCAGAGCCGGCACCUUUCCACUACCAGCCAUUGCUCAAGCCUUUCAACUACGCCUACACGGCCAUCUUCAACGUCCUCGGCUACCCGACUUGCCAGUGCCCCGUGGGAAUCUCGCCAAGCACAGGCACGCCACUGGGCGUGCAGGUCGUGGCUGCCUUCUACAAGGAUCACCUCUGCUUGGACGGGGCACGGGAAGUAGAGAAGGCGUUCGGUGGCUGGCAUCAGCCUCCGACGAAGUAGGAGCAGGGGGCCUUCAGAAACAGGGAGCAUCACUUUGCCUUCCUGUUGUAGAGAGAUGGACAUUGCCGCCCACUGUUGCUCACACAUUCACCUUAUCUCUGGGCCAAAGGUGUGGCUCAGAGACUGAAACACCGGUGAAAAAUGGUGUAGAGGUAGAUAUGUUUUUCUUUCUUUGUGUUGCACGUUAUGCUGUGGUUGGAGUGCGUUGUUGAUUGGCAGACUCUGGCCCCAUGUGAUGGCAACCCUGGAACGGUGCAGAUUGUUGGCCAGACAUUUCGUGUUAGUGCCGACCGUUUUGUGAAACAUGUGUUGUGCAGAGGGCAUCUGGAGCAGUCGUUUCACUGUGCAUAUGCCGAUGAAGCGAGGCACACUUGUACGUGGCACCAACAGGUUUCUUUGACUUGGGCACUUCUUCUGCAGGAGGACUUUUCUGUCAACGUGGCGUGAUUCACGCAGUGCGGUUCAUCUAUGCCUCUGUGCCGCCAUGCACCAUUUCAGUGUGUUCUGUAACGUCCUGACCUUGCAAAAAUGUUUGCACACCGAGUCUGCUGUGUUGGUGAUGCUUGUCAUUGUCUAGUGGUUGUGUCUGCUGUCUUUGUCUAACAUUGUGGCAUGUGUGGUGUGCAUCAUAGUAGACAGUUAACGCGCGUCUUGUGAUGCUUCCUGUCUGAAAGAGCUAGCUGUCUGCUAAGCUUUGUACUGUCGCAUGUACUAGGGGACAGCUGUUAUACCAUGCACUCUGAUACAUCUUUGAAGUCGAGAAGUGUGAGCUCACAUUCUUCCAGUACUCUGUCAGCUUCACAGAACCGGUGAUAUGUUUGUCUGCAUACUGUGAUCUGUUCAUUCAUGGAGAUGGGCACUUGUCGUUUGGUGGUAUGUUUUUUGAGAGUUGUACGCACUCAUAAAUAGCAGCUGCAGCUUGAUAGCUUCGGUUAUUGACUCCUUUCAUGAAAAAUUUCAAAGCAAUGCAACCACGCCCUACUUUCAGAUUGUUUCCCAAGACCUUUUACUUUUUUUUGUUGUUCUUCUUCUUUGACUUCCUUCCCACAUAUGAUGCAAUGGCUUCAUCAUUACCUCAUCAUUUAGAAUAGCGCACAGGCGUUGCACUACCGUUGUGGUUAAGUCGUUUUCCAGCAGGAAGGGAAUGUAGCCACCCAGAAAGGAUGAAUACAGUCGUUAGCAUGUUCUGGGGUUAGGCUUUGUUUUUAGCUCUUGAGUUUGACUCGGUCUGUGAAACUGCAGCAACAACUCGCUGCCAACUGCUGGAUGUUUCUUAUAUGCACAGCUCAGCAUAGCUGUGACAAGGUGGUGUGCAGGCACACAGUUCUACAUGCCUGCCAGACAUGCGUUCCUUUCGGAAGCAUUUGGCAAACCAUUAACCUUUCCCCGACAGCCUGGCAGCCACCUCUGAAAAUACUGAUAAUCUGAGCACCAGCACCGUCUUGUGUGUCUGCUGCUAUCGAGAGCACUGGUGCUCUGAGUAGGUGACGUCUGUCUUGAGUUAGCCCUCUCCCCUCCAUGUAACCAGGUACAAAUCGACUUUUCCUGGCGUUGGGGUCAGACGCUCUUAGACAAUGAUGAUGAAUGGUAUUGAGAUGGCAACCUCGGCAAUGUCGUGAAAGUGUAGCAUGUCUACUUGCGAUGAUGAAUGAUGUGAUGACAGCUCUGUAAACGUCGGGCAUAGCCGGCUGUAGAGUGCGCGUCCAACGUUCCAGAAUGAAUCCUUGGUAGUUGAUCCAACGCCUCCACCAAUUUGUAAGGGAAGCCUGCUGUGUCCCGGCUUCAGCAUCACUUUUCGUUGAGCAUUGGUGUUGCAGCUGUUUGUGGUUGUUUAUCAUCUUUGUCACAGCAUUGUCAAUUUUGUGAUAGUGUAGUGCGUUCACUCGCAUUAUACCCAUGUCUAAUGGGGUGUGCCUGUUGUUUGAAUGUCAGAUUUCUAUUCUCUUUCUUUUAUUCUAAACAAUUGAAAAAGGAGAUGUGUAAAUUGUUUAUUUGUCCCAAACCGAUACCCGGGGAUACCCGUGUGCCAUCUGAUUAGUGAUGUCUGUUAAUCGCCACAACCAAAGUACUUGGCAUCACCCUCUGUGGGAGUCUACUGUACAAUACAAAGUUGAGGGGGGGGGUAAGGAUUGUCGAGGACAUUCGGACAUGUACCCUCGGUCCGUGCCUGCAUUUAAUGCCUUGCAGUGCAAUUGAAAACAUGAACAUAUGCCAAGAGCCUUUGUGUCGAAAUGCACCGCCAGCUGGUGGAAAAAGUCCAGUGGGAGCAGCUCAGAAUGGAAGAGAAUGAGGACUUGCUCACUGGCACAGCCAUAUAUUCAAUUGUCUACCCUAACAGCUGCUGCAACUCAUGUAUGCCUCAUGAUGGUUGUAGCUGUGGAGUAGCCAAACUUGCUCCAUAUAAUUACAAAGUAGAACUGAAGGAAUGGCAUGUUUGUGCUAGCUUUUUAGCAUCCUUAGAUUCACUAAUAUGCGGCCCUGUAUGUAUGUUGCGGGGAUGACUAGCUGCACUAAGGCAAUUUGCUAUGUCGUCACACCAGCGCAUGCCUGUGGUCCCAAGCUGCUUUUUUUUAUGCUGGCCUAUUUUGGGGUGCACUGGACCAAUAAGUUGUGCUCUUGCCAGCUACAAAGCACCUUGAGAACACGGAACUGUCAAUUCGUUCACAUUGAAAAAGCAGAUUCUUUAACUCUGAAGAAGAUUAGACAGAAUGGGUUUCUUUUCUGUUUUCUCAUUAACACAGUAAAAGAAUUUGAACCGUCGUUAAUUAGAACAAUACAGGGAAAAAACGAGAAAAAGACAAGCAGCACCUUUGGCUCUGAAAUGAUUUACUUCUACAGAUGUGGGCUCUCGUCAUCUUGUCAAGAACAAUUUCUUCUCAGUACUGCACGCAACAUUGUCUUCAUCCGCUAUAGUAUUGCUUGCAGGGGCCUAACAAACAAAUGCACAAACACCACAACUACCAGUCUGUGUGGUGCACAAAACACCGCAUAAGCUGUUGAGCUCUAAAGCUGUGCAAAAGCACAGUGGCCCCAAAAUUCACAUUACUGUGAGGGUGAUGUUGUUGUGGGCAGUUUUUUCUUCACCAUACGGCAAGAAUGGAGCUGAGGUUUACGAGUUUGUCUCAUGAUGAUAAUGUAAUGGAAAGGACGAACAAACAGGCUGGACAAAUGCAACAAGCUCAGUUUCAAGCUUUUAACUGCCGUCGUGCUAAAAUAGUACAGUCUAACGUGGUUAGACUGUACGUGGUUAGACAAACAGGAUUAUGCACUAAAGAUUGUUUGAUAAUCGGGUAAUUCGAUAUAGCUAAACUCUCCUAUAAUGAAUUAAACAAACGUUUGUGUUGCCUUCGUGAUACAGUCGAACCUCGAUAUACCUAAUUGUACUUUCAGCAAAAAACGUCGUUAUCGCGAAUUUCAUUAAUUCGAGGUUCAUUCUUAAGUUGUACUUGCAGCAAAAAACGUCGUUAUAUCGCGAAUUUCGUUAAUUCGAGGUUCAUUAUAUCGAGGUUCGACUGUACUAUAUGGAUUUGUUACGUAUGUUGGAGAAAAAAAGCCAGGAAGUAAUCAAUUUAGUAAAGACAAAACUACAGGUGUAGGCGUAGUAGGCACUAAUUUUUGCCUGCGCCUUGAACUGCUUUUCAGUGUCAAUAAGAAUGGCAUUUUUGAUGCGCGCGAUUGUGUAGACUUGCUGUACUUCGAUUCCGUGAACGUCUGCAUAGUAUUGGCACAGCACAUUCAUUGCAGAAAGUGCAUUCCGCAGAGUCAAGCGAGGCGACAUCUUGCCUGGCAUCGGAUAGCCAGAGUUCGAUAUGUCCAAUGCCCUGUCCGUUAUGAGGGAGUUAUUCUACACGAGUGUAGGCCACUAAGUUUUGCAUGCUUGAUGAAGAGAAUAGUAAUUCGCUUUAUCUGGCUGCAUUACACUGGGGUUCGACUGCAAUGCCAAAGAAUAUAACAAGCGAAUCACUGCUGCUUCGAUUUUACUUUUUCCGUCCUCGUACAACUGGUAAUCUUUGUCUUCCGUGGACUUUGCCUCGGGUUACAUUUCCUGAAUAAGCUUGGGAAACUCGGCAUCGACAAAAAUGUGUGAACUUUUCCGAAGGCAGGAAAUGAAACACAAUUGAUAAAUGCAUUCCAAGCUUGUGUUUGUGACCAUUACAAUGAACAUUCAAUUGCAAUCUGUGCUGUCAUCUUGGGUUGUGAGAAAGCAUUUUUUUUUUUUUUGCUUCUUUGUUUCUUCCCUUCCUGUGAGUGAAUCCUUGCAUAGAUGCCAUCAAGAAAAUAAGUCUCCCAUAAGAGCAUAAGUGAGUUUAGCUGAACUUAAUUUUAGUAAACCAAGGCAUGAAGCAGCAAGAGUUGUCAUACUACUAUAUUCUGACCACACAGCAGGACCUGGCAUUUUUUUAUCGUCAAGGCUUCAAGCUUCAUAUGACGGGACCACAAGCAUGACUUGAUUUAGCAAAUGCUUCCAGAACCAUUUUUCUGCCCUUUCAGGACGAAAUAAAUAUAUUCUCAUACUCCUCCCAAUUCAUAUGACUAAGACACACUUGCAGCUUCUAAAAAGGACUCCAUCACUACUAAGCACAUAAGCUUUGAGAGUUUUUUACGCUUCACUUUAAACCAGAGCUAACUGAAAGCCAACAUUCAAACCAGAUGAUUUUAUGCUAGCCAAGCUGGACAUAGGAAGUACUGCUGGUCAAUGGCUAAAGCUCAUUCUUGGCUGCAAGUCUUCAGCCCUUGCAGCCUUCAGAGGCUUUGCAUCAAAGCAUGAAGCUGAAAAACUUACGUGGAACACUCGCAUUGAGUGUGUCUUAAGUUGAGUGUUGCCAACGUUCAACAUUGAAGGAUAUGUGGAAUGUUAAGUUGCAGCCUAUUAGGGGGCCAAGUUGUUGAGACGCUUGCAUCUUGGUACCCUAGUGCGUGCCAAAUGUAAAUUCCUGAGAAAAACUAGCUGGUGGUGUCAUAUUUCAAAUUUGUUCCUUUGGUGAUCCAUUCUUAUUGCCACAAUGCAGAAAUUGCAAUGACGCCACAGGUGUUGCUGAAGUCGCAAGUGUCGAUAACGAUGAUACACGUCAUACUUUGAUGAGCUCUUCAUUUGCAAGCCCUUACCACAUCUUGGGAAGAUUAUCAUUGAUUUCGCUUUGCUGAAUUCUUUGCACUCAUUUUUAUUACAAAUGCAGCAUUACAAAUGCAGGAUAAUGAGAGCCAUAAAAACAAAAUCGAGAGAGUUGGUUCCCACAGCCACAUACUGCGACAAAUCCUUUUUACCACUUUAACAAGCUUAAAAAUGGUAAUUUUCGCAAGUCUUCACAUGCCUGAUAACAACCAAAUCUAAUUAGCUUCCUUUUGUUCUUUGUAAUGCUGCAUUUGUAAUAAAAAUGAGUGCAAAGAAUUCAGCAAAGCGAAAUCAAUGAUAAUCUUCCCAAGAUGUGGCAAGGGCUUGCAAAUGAAGAGCUCAUCAAAGUAUGACGUGCAUCGUUGUUAUCGACACUUGCGACUUCAGCAAGUGCAUGCAGCCUGUCUUGUUUUUUCACAGCUGUUCACCAACUAGGUCUUGUUGACUUGCGGAACAAAGGGUGCCAUGCCAACAGUUGGAACAUUAUACUGUCCCACGUGCAGUAAACACUCGUAACGAAAUCAGUUUAUUCAAAAUAACUCUAAGUUUUAUGUGGUCCUGAUUGCAAUGCACAUAUUUUCAGCCAGAUUACUUGAAGCAGAAAUGCACCAGACUUUGCCUAGUGUAAAGUGCAAAGUGGGUAAUCCAGACAGGAAUACAGCAUCUAGACGAUGGCCCUUUGUUUUUACUUGCUAUCAAUAGGCCUUCGAGCCAUCCUCCAAUAAAUACAUUUUCAUCAUCAUCACUUGCUAUCAAUGUGGAGAGGCUUAUAGCUCCCUAAGGGCAACUCUGCCACAUGGCUUCUUGUGACUUGAUAUCAGAUGAUGUCGCCAGCUGCUCGCAAACAUCAGUAGAAUGUCGCAACUGUCAUGUUUAUUACUAUUGAGCCCAGUUUUGUUUUCAUAUUUUACGAGCUCCCGCACCGUCAAAGUGCGCUUUCAGCAUUACUGUGACUCUUUAGGAUCUGUGCUUUUAGCAAAAUACCGCUUACGACAAACCAAUUUCCCGUCUCAGUGACUGCAUUAUAUUGCGAGUUGGCUGUACUUUCAGAGUGGAAAUUUUAGGCACAAAUGUGAAGGCAUUGUUUGCAGGCAUAAGUUUUGGAAUGCUUUUGUCAUACAUUGUUUCUGACCAUUCUGGGUAUGUACAUGUCAAUGCUUUUUCUUUUGUAGCUUGUGAUGUUCUUGCGACAGUUCGUGCGUGUGUUUUAGCAAAUAGGGAGUAUCCAACUUGUAUGUUGAGAGUGUAGUAUGCAGAGGCAAAUCUUUGUAACUAUAUAUAACACUGUUUUCUUGGUAGUCUGUGAGCGUGCAAAUCGGACCAAACGGUGUCCUGAUGUGUCGCUAGCAAAGAGGGUAAUGCUAGUGAAGGACUUUUGCCUGCAUUCAUGCAGUUUUUUUUUUCUUCAAGUGCCAUUGUUCCAGGCACACCUGCCCUGCAGUUCAUACGGUUCAUAUGUGUGUGUCGAUCCGUCACGCUUAGGCAGUGCAUGAUGUGUUGGACUUGCAAACAAGAACUGUGUCGUAGUCAACCGGUGGAAUGCCUAUAGAAUGAAUGCGAGCAAACGCAGGGUUUUUGCAUUGUUGUUUUCAUACUGUCACUUCUUCACAUAUGUGCCUGCAGUCGGUCUCCGGGGCCUGACAAACUCUCUCGGAACACUCCUGGCACCUCGCAUUUUUUUUUGUCAUUGUUUUCUUUUCUGCGAGAGACUUGCUUAAAGGUGCCCUGGGACACGUUUCUUGAAAACAGAGAGCAUGCUAGAGUGAGUGCAAUGCCUUUCAAUGGAAAUAUAAUCCCACAUAAAUUUUUGAAGAGGACAUAAUGAUAACGGAGAUUUAGAGAGCGCAAUGUCAUGUUUCCUCUCAUCUGGGCCGGUGAUGAUAGCAGUGCCCCGCCCAAUGGCUCCUUACCUUUUCGUCUUGGAUGCACUUAUGGUAACCUUUAAGAAAUGACACACGACGAGGGUACCGGGAACGACAGCCGAGUGCGAGAGGACUGGUAGGACACAUUGACAACUGCGGCUUCCUCGUUUGCUAGAAUAUUAUAGGGAUGUGCCUGCAUGUGCGAGCUGCUCAGGAGUAACUCGUGGUCCUGUACAAUUGGUCAUUUGUUGGCAUCUGUG